GGGAUUGGUCUCUCCCCUUAGCUCCCCGCCCCUGGGGAGGAGCCAGUCAGCUCUAGGUCCAGCCCGUUCUCCUCACAGCCAGAGAAGAGGCUCCACGCUGGGCGGGGAUGGGGCCUGAAACUCUCUGGGUCUGAGCCCGGGGAGCCAGAGCCACUUGUCCCUCUCCCUCCCCAGGACCCUUGAGAUCCCUGGGCCAGAGAGGUCCGAUCAGGCUAAGGGCCUGGGAUGCCCCCUGCCUGGCCCCCUUGCCCUGACUGGCAGGGGGGCCAGGCUGGGCAGCAGCCUUCCUCUCACUCCAGCCAUGGAUCUCCUGCCCCCCAAGCCCAAGUACAACCCACUUCGGAAUGAGUCUCUGUCAUCGCUGGAGGAGGGAGCUUCAGGGUCCACCCCACCGGAGGAGCUGCCUUCCCCAUCAGCCUCGUCUCUGGGGCCCAUGCUGCCACCUCUGCCUGGGGACGAUAGUCCCACUACCCUGUGCUCCUUCUUCCCCCGGAUGAGCAACCUGAAGCUGGCCAACCCGGCUGGGGGGCGCCUGGGGCCGAAGGGGGAGCCAGGAAGGGCAGCCGAGGAUGGGGAGGGGAUCGUAGGGGCAGCCAUGCCGGACUCAGGCCCCCUGCCCCUCCUCCAGGACAUGAACAAGCUGAGUGGAGGCGGCGGGCGCAGGACUCGGGUGGAAGGGGGCCAGCUGGGGGGCGAGGAGUGGACCCGCCACGGGAGCUUUGUCAAUAAGCCCACGCGGGGCUGGCUGCAUCCCAACGACAAAGUCAUGGGACCCGGGGUUUCCUACUUGGUUCGGUACAUGGGCUGUGUGGAGGUCCUGCAGUCAAUGCGCGCCCUGGACUUCAACACCCGGACUCAGGUCACCAGGGAGGCCAUCAGUCUGGUGUGUGACGCUGUGCCGGGUGCUAAGGGGGCAACAAGGAGGAGAAAGCCCUGUAGCCGUCCACUCAGCUCCAUCCUGGGGAGGAGUAACCUGAAAUUUGCUGGAAUGCCAAUCACGCUCACCGUCUCCACCAGCAGCCUCAACCUCAUGGCCGCAGACUGCAAACAGAUCAUCGCCAACCACCACAUGCAAUCCAUCUCGUUUGCGUCUGGCGGGGACCCGGACACAGCCGAGUAUGUUGCCUAUGUUGCCAAAGACCCGGUGAAUCAGAGAGCCUGCCACAUCCUGGAGUGUCCCGAAGGACUUGCUCAGGACGUCAUCAGCACCAUUGGCCAGGCCUUCGAGUUGCGUUUCAAACAAUACCUCAGGAACCCGCCCAAGCUGGUCACCCCCCAUGACAGGAUGGCUGGCUUUGAUGGCUCAGCGUGGGAUGAGGAGGAAGAAGAGCCACCUGACCAUCAGUACUAUAAUGACUUCCCUGGGAAGGAACCGCCUCUUGGGGGGGUGGUGGACAUGAGGCUUCGGGAAGGAGCCCCCCCGGGGGCUGCUCGACCCACUCCACCCAGUGCCCAGACCCCUAGCCACCUGGGAGCCACGCUGCCAGUGGGGCAGCCUGUUGGAGGAGACCCAGAAGCCCGCAAACAGAUGCUGCCCCCGCCACCCUGCCCAGCAGGCAGAGAGCUCUUUGAUGAUCCCUCCUAUGUCAACGUCCAGAACCUAGACAAGGCACGGCAAGCAGGCGGUGGGGCCGGGCCCCCCAAUCCUGCCAUCAAUGGCAGCGUGCCCCGAGACCUCUUUGACAUGAAGCCCUUUGAAGAUGCCCUGCGGGUGCCUCCACCUCCCCAGUUGGUGGCCAUGGCUGAGCAGCUUCGAGGGGAGCCCUGGUUUCACGGGAAGCUGAGCCGGCGGGAGGCCGAGGCACUGCUACAGCUCAACGGGGACUUCCUGGUGCGGGAAAGCACGACCACGCCUGGCCAGUACGUGCUCACUGGCCUGCAGAGUGGGCAGCCCAAGCACCUGCUACUGGUGGACCCUGAGGGUGUGGUUCGGACAAAGGAUCACCGCUUUGAGAGUGUCAGUCACCUCAUCAGCUACCACAUGGACAAUCACUUGCCCAUCAUCUCUGCGGGCAGCGAACUGUGUCUCCAGCAACCUGUGGAGCGGAAACUGUGAUCUGUCCCCGUGCUCUCUCCUAGAAGAUGCCCUGCGACCCCUUCCACCCUAUUGCCCAACUCUCAGGACCUCACUUGGGAGUGUUCUGGGGGCUUGGCCUUGUGUAGGGAUGGGGGUAGUGUGGACAUUGGGUUCAGCAUCCAGCUGAGUGAGAGGGUUUGAGUCAGGAGCCAGGGGUAGAGUCCUGCUUCUCCCCAAACCUCACCAAAGUAUUAAUGUACAGAGUGGCCCCCUUCCCUGGGCCUUUCCUGUGCCAACUUGAUACCCCCUUCCCCAAGGUGGGUGUUGGAGGCCUGGGCAGUAUGCCUCCUUGUAAUGGAAAAUGUCCUGUGCUGAUAGGCCCAGUGGAGCAAUCACCCUUCCAGGGAAGGGGGAAUGAAUCACACCUUUAUUCUACCCCUGGGCUCAGGGUACCCCAGACCCCUCUCAACAACCCUCCCUUCCAGCGUUUAAACUUUGUGCCUUUGACCAUCUGCUAGGUCUGAAGAUAUUUUAUGCAAAGAGUUCUUGGGCCCCUGAAGUCAAGCAUGGGGGUGCUGACACCUUGGCUUCUGGGACCCCAUCCUCUCCUUGCUCAGUACCCCCUCCCGUUUAGGUUGGGCUAACAGAGGCAGGAGUGGCAGCUGUCCCCUCUCCCCCGGGAUAUGCAGCCCUUAGAGAUUGCCUCAGAGCCCCCUCCCAGCCAGUGGGGAGAUGGACUCGCCUCUUGCUCAGUGCCUCUUGAGUGGGGCCCCUCACCCCAGGGGGUCUAUAUAUACAUAUGGCAAGUCCACCCCCCACCCCCCCAUGUUGCAUGCAUGUUAUACUCUAGAGCCAAAGUACAGCCCUUCUGUAGCCUCUGCCCUGCCUCCCCCUGCUGGGGUGGUGGGGGGAUGACUGAAGUGUCAUCCUAGGUGGAUUUUGUGGAAGUGGGAACAGGGGCACUGAGACUCUAAAGCAGUAGACAAUCCCCAGAUACCAUCGGUAGAUUUGGAACUGCGUUUAUUUUUUAUUUUAUAUACAUAUAUUUUAGGGCUGUAGAUUUACUAAUUUGUUUUCCAUAGCUUAUUCCUGAGCACAAAAUGAUAAUCGAUUUAUACAUCACCUUUUUGAUUUUUCAAAGCCCUUUUACAACUAUUGGCAUUUUCCUCACCCUGGCCUUUGCCGGUAGCGUUAUCUUUUCUGAGAGACCAGAGGCUGAGUGUGAGCUAGGACUAGAGAAACUUGGACCUCCCACCGCGAGGCUGGGAGGCAGAAGUUGGGCUGAAUGAGUGUUAGUUUCACACGGGGCGGGCAGGGGCGGGGGCUGGGGGACACUUAAAACCUGCAGUUAUUGAAUCCCUUCUCCAGGCCGGGUCCUGCCGCAACGACAGAGGAGCCGGCCCUGCUCUGUCAUUAGGACUUGUGGAUAAGGGAGCGUGGACUAUCUAAAUCCUCACCUCCCUUUUUUUUCUUUUCUUUUUGUUUGGGUGUUUUCACGGGUCUCACUUAUACCAAAGGGAAAGGAUCUUCAUUAAAGUCCAUAUUUCUUCUA